AUGCCUGGCUCCUCUUCGGGACUUCCCAAAAAGCUUCAUGGCGCUGCUGGAUCAUCAGAGAUCAAGCGAUCAGGCGUCGACGCCCCAGCGCGAGAAGUCACAUUGACCAAUCUCCCACCCAAUGCGGUGCUGCCGCCAAGAUCUGCUUGCGAGUCUUGCAGGUCUCGAAAGCUGAAAUGCGAUGGAUCUGCAAAGUGCGCGCGGUGCAUCGAGGAGGGCAAAGAUUGCGUGUACAGUGAGUUCAGGAUGACUCCGCUAGAGCUAAAUCAUGGCGCUCCUCAAAGAACGCCGUCUUGCGGGCGGGCUUGCUGACGCAGUCUGCGGCACUCUCAGAAAUACGCAAGCCGAUCGGCCGACCCAAGAAGAGGAAAGGUGCGGAGAACGACAUGGAGGAUGAGCCUCGUCCUUCACCCUCCAGCUUAAACGGUGGAGCGCAGCGAGCCAAUGGGAAGAUGAGCGGGCAUUUGCCAUCCUCUGCUGGACCCUUGAGCCACACGCUCAACGGCGAGGAAGGUAGCAAAAAACAGCGCUCGGACAACAGACAGUCGGUUCCCGUGGCAUCUCCUGGCUAUCCCGCCACUCCUUCGCACGAACAACCUUCCCAAGGCGGCCCUUUUCAAUCACCAAGGGCCCCUUAUGGCCUCUCGCAGGUACCUGCAGAAUGGGAUCACAGGCACCCGGGCGCUGCAUCAAGUGGAACGACCUCCACAGCCACGACUGCCUCCUCACAGGCUUCGCCCUGGUCGAGCAUGUCUUCGGCGGAUACAAGCUUGAACAGUGAAGCGGGCUUCCCGCAUCUAGGUGCUGCAGGGGGUCUUGCGACAGCAGACUCUGCUUCACCGAAUCUCGACAAUCUGGCAGUUGCAGCUUUUCUCAACUCGCUCGACACGCUAGAGAUUGGCAGUUCUGACGGUUUGACCAUAGGCAUGAUCAAUGCUUGGCCUGAUCCACUAGCAACUGCGAACGAAGCAUUUAUGAGCAACGGUGCUCCUUCCUCUUCGUCUGCGACUGCGGCGGUUGUCCCGACCACUCGGCACAGCAGCGCCAUGGACAAGGAUGUUAGCUAUGCGGUGCCUGCCGACUUUUCUUGGUGGAACCCGACGUGGCUGGAUCAGACUGCCGGUUCGUCUCAUAGUGCGGCAGCUCAGAACCUGCUCGUCUCUGAGGCUACUCGUGAAGGUCAGCAGCAGCAUAUGAAGGGCUCUUCAGGAAGCAUCUCGACCCUCGGCCCGACUGGUGGAACCCUCGAGCCCGCUUGGGAAAGUCCGCGGAGCUGGCCGAGGGGUGUUGACGGAGGUAUGGGUCAGGGCGAGCUUAGAACAUCGGAAGGAGUCUUUGUGGGCACGGGCUGGCAAGGUCAUGGCCGCCUUCGGGAGGAGGUGACUCAAGGGGACUCCGUCUCUCAGCAGCCUAGUCCAGCGAGCACAUCUAUCGUGACAGCCAGCGCGAAUGCCAUCAAGGAUGAGCAGUGUCCCGUGACGGGUGCGCCUGGUUGCUGCUGUGGCGCUCAAGAAGCGUCUUUACGGACUGGAAACGAAUCUUUGACACCGGAAACUGCAAAGGGAAGCAAAUCCACCCCAUCUGUGGCUGGAUCUCGAUCGUCGCAUAGCCACAGCAGCAGCAGCAAAUCAUCUGGACAUCGGGUACACUGCGUGCCCAACCCCAGCGGCAAGGGAUGCACAUGUCUGUGCGACGUUUCGGUUGCGCUGCUCAGCGUUCGGGCCACGUUGCGAGCUGCUGAUCAGACCGUGUCCAGCUCAUCUCAGUCGCAGCACCCAGAUGGACGGAGCUCCAGCGGCAGCGCGAACUACGAUGCGGCUAGAGAGAGGGGUCAGACCUUGCACUUGACGCUGAGCGCUAGUCAAGCUGUUUCGGCCCAGUGCGCUUGUUCUGCCGAUUGCCCGACCUGCAGAUCAGACCCCAGCACGAAGAUGAGCGCUGGCCUGCUUAUCUCUACAGCCCUUCAGAUCUAUGCUAGGGCGGUGAGCACGCUGAGGCAGGGUUUUGGUCUGAGCUCGGGAACAGCAAGCUCGACGACGACGGCGACGCAGGGCUCUGCGGGUGCGCCUACGCCAGAGUGGGACAUACGAAUCGGAAGUUAUCGACCUUCGCCCGUGAAUGCGCGUCGUAUUGCGCUGUUUGCGAUGCGCUGCGAACUCAAAGAUCUUCGCGAUGCGCUGGGCAAGGUCUCGGCUGCUGCUGAUCGCAGGACCAACUUAGUGGAACCGAUUGCGAACAGGCUGGAGCAGAGCCAGAGUCAAGGAUCGGAGCGAGCAGAUGCGCAUCAAGCUUCGACGAAUGGCGAGCUGGAUGAUGAAGAGAGCAUCAACCCUGUGGAUCAACUCGUCAUUCGCAAAUUGCACAGUCAGCUAGGCGAGCUGCUGAGGACUGUGGAGGAGUUGUCGACGGGCGAAGGAAGCUUGUAG